AUGGCAUCAUCUCCAAUCUCCCCAGAGACAUUUAAGGUCCCACCCACCCCUCAUUCCCCAAAUUCCAAAUUCCCUGUCAUUGUGUAUAGAAACGCGCUGGAGAACAAAACAGUUGAAGGCGCUUUAGAGGCGAUCAACACCUCGGAGUGGGUCAAAGGGGGUCACUGGAAGAUCGCCAACGAAACACUCGCAGCUACCCCCCACUAUCAUUUGACGACACACGAGGCGUACACUGUCUUACAUGGGAGCGGCACAUAUGUUCUUGGAAAAUCUCCUUUGGACGCAGACACCGAUGAGUUCGGCAACCCUGUGGGUGUCGAGUUUGUUGCUCGUGCUGGGGACGUCUUUGCAUGGCCAGGAAUCUGA